UACACAUUCUCUCCGUCGCGAAUUAUCCUCUCUAUGUCAGUAGCUAGUGCGCCGGUACGACGGCACUCCGCGGGCGCUGAUCAACCUGCCGGGCUAGACGGAGAUGCGGCCAUGCCGGGCCCACAAUGUGGCCGAGUGGCGGAAGGCGGACGGGCCGUUCAAGGGGGUGUGCGAUCGUAUCAAUACGAUUGGGACCUAAAGAUGAACGCCUGAAGGAUUGAAGUAAGACGCCAGGGUUAUUUACUUAUUUUCUUGAGAGAAUGGCUGCGGAGAUGAUGUGCCGGCGGUGGUUGGGAAUAGUAGUGAGGGGACUCCUGAAAAAAAAACCAAACGCAACAAGAGAUACAGAACAGGGAGAGAUGUCAAAAAUCACAGUUACAUUUUGUACCGGAAAUAAUAGGGCUCCGACUCCUCGGUCCCGACAAAGAAGAAGCUUUGCAGUUCGCCCGCUCGUACACGGCCAGCAAUCUCAACAAGCAAUCCAGUGGUCAGCAAAGUACAACCUCCACCACUCUGGACCAGAGGCACCACGAGACAUGACAUGUGGCUACACCUAGCUACAGAUCUGUGGCUUUGGCGUCGGGGACUUGGAUCGGAUCUAGCGAGAAAAACGGGCGUUGACGAAAACUCGUCGGGCCGGCAAGCGUCAAAUGAGAAGGACGCCAGGGAUUGACUGUACCGCCGCUGACGCCUUCACCUCGCUUCGAGCCGCGGAACGUGCAGCUGCAAACUGCAGCAGGGGGCAAGAUCGUGCCAAGAAUUUGCAGGGCAAAAGUUGGAUGGUUGGAUGGGGGGGUUGGAUUGGGGGGUUAGCUGUGCCGCUGGCACUCCAUGUCGAUCUCCCAUCUACCGGACGCUACGACAGCCGGUGUGCCGUUGGUUGAAGUCGGUCCGGUCAUGACGACGAGUGAAGCUGGGGUCGUUCUCGUUUCAGUGAGAACUCGCAGUUAGGAUUACUGCUUAGGAUGGGGAGUCGGCGCCAAAGCGUGGGUUGAAACUGUAAAUGGUACGGUGACGAGGAUGGAGUCACCGGUGAGAGAGAGGUGAAGCUCGUCUGGUGCCGCCACAGUGUGGUACCAAGACACCACGCGUUCUAGUCAAGGUUAAGGUUGCGGAGAAAGACGACGGACUCAGUGGCUAGUUGACGCCCGCGGUUAUUGGGGUCACAUUGUCAAAACGUGCGCGAAAGAGAAAAGCCAAUGCCCCAUCUUGACCUCCAACCCCUCACGCCGCGAAGCUCACAUAGACGAGCCCCAGGAAUGUUGUAGAUUGACG